GAAACUCCAUUGAGAGAGAGAGAGAGAGAGAGGGUCGUAAAUCAAGUGGGAAGAUCUAUGACCCCUCAAUGGUUAAGAGAUAUAGGGUCUGACAACGUGCUAAGUUUGAGUGUUUUGAAGAAAAAAAAUCAAGAGACACACACAUACACACACAUACGGGAAAAUUUUGGGAAACUCUUUGGUGCCUCCGAACAUGCAUUGACAAGGAGGUAGCAAAGAGGGAGGCAGGUGUAAUUAACUUGUAAAAUAGAGAGAGAGAGAGAGAGAGAGGGGGAGAGGGAGACAGAGACAGAGACACAGAGCUCUUCCACUUUUUUUAUUUAUCUAUUUGUUUAUUCAUGCAAAGAGCCAACAAUAAAUUUGGCUAAAUGUGGAACCAAAGGGGAAACAAUAAUGGAAAUGCAAUUGGGAAUGUAGAAAGGAGGGCUGAAAUAGUUGCAGUGGCAAUAGACAAGGACAAAAGCAGCCAAUAUGCUCUUAAAUGGGGUGUCGAUCAUCUCCUUUCUAGAGGCCAAAAUGUUACCCUAAUCCAUGUCAAACAAAGGCCAUACUCCAUUCCCACUCCAAUGGGAAACCAUGUUGCUGUCUCUGAUGUCAAUGAUGGAGUUGCGAAAGCAUUCAAAACACAAGUUGAUAAUCAAGCCAAGGAGUUGUUCCUGCCCUUUCGUGCAUUCUGUACACGUAAGGAUGUGAGUUCAAUUAUUUUUCUAUAUAUUAUUGAAUUUUUUGGUGGGUUAAAGCAAUUCCUUCAGCUUUUAUAA